UCGUUGGUAACCAAAACUUCAAUCUUUUUUUUUUAUCUUUUUCACCAAAUUCUAAAUUUUCAACUGCCAUUUUAAUGCCCAUUAAUACUUCACUCUAUAUAUUACUCUUUCUCUAGCACAUAAAUUUAUUCAUUGUGUAUUAGCCAUGGCGGAUAAUUCCACUCAGCUUAAAUCUGAUGCUAUAUUUGAUCAAAUGAAACUUCAUCUUUCUACUGAUGCUGGAAAGGAACUUAUUAAGAAGAUUGGUCUUGUUUACCAAAUUAACAUAGCCCCUAAGAAAAUUGGAUUCAAUGAAAAGGUGUAUGUUGUUGAUCUAAAGAAAGGAGAAACAAAAGAAGGGCCAUACGAGGGAGGGAAGCCUGAUGCAACAUUUUCAUUUAAAGAUGAUGAUUUUGUGAAAAUUGCUACUGGCAAAAUGAACCCCCAAAUUGCUUUUAUGAGGGGUGCGAUGAAAAUUAAGGGGAGCAUAAGUGCAGCACAGAAGUUCACACCUGACAUUUUCCCAAAGCCUUCUAAGCUGUGAACAAAUCUACUGAAAAAAUGUCAGUAGUGCUUCUAGAUUUUUCUUAUCUCGAAUCACCAAAAAUCAGCUUAUAUGAUUAGAAAUUAUGGAGGAUUUGGAUUUAUCUGUCUGUUCUAGGGUAUUAUUCAGUGUCACUUUAUGAUGUAACGGUUGCUCUGGGCUUUUCUUCAAGGAAUUGAAAUUUAAAUGUUCACAUUUUAGGCAGUCAGGCAGUUUGAGCCUUAUAAUGAUGUCUAUUAUGUUAUACCGACCUUUUAUUAUAGAUGGUGAUUCUAUUUUAUGAUUA